AUGUCCUCCACUCAAGCUCCACCUCAGAAUAGCCCACGUCCACGGGUCAUGGAGGGCCUUUGGCGGGCCGACGCUCAUGGUGCAGGCGGAGCCAGCCUUAACUUGAAUCCUCAGAUUCUCAAAGCGAUUUACGUGGCCGAUGAGACCAUCAUUGCCUUCGCUGAAAACAGAUUUGUUUGGCAUGCCCUAAUCAUAUACAUGCACUCUGGAGGAACAGUGAUUCUUACGGGACGGUUUGGCGAAUGCGCAGAUCGGGGUAGCGCCACCAAGCUGUUCCAAGAUGUCCAGAAACAAUGGGAGCUAUGCCAAAAGCAGAGUCGCAAAAUUUUCAUCAAUAAGGAUAGUCUCUCACAGCCCAUUCAAGCUACUUUGACCCCGAGUUACUUCAUGGAGGGUUGCUUUGUGUCCGGGCCAGGCAGGACGAGGCUUGGUAACGCGCUUUUAAAGAAGGACCUAAUGGAGAUGACUACCCACGUAUUCCUCCCUCUGACCGUUACCUCGAUCCAAAGAACUUUACCUCGGUGA